GCUGUUGAUAAAAGUGGAGAUAACAUAUGAAAGAGAACCAACCAACCAAGUCUGACACAUGGCGCUAUGUUCCUCACUUUCACUUGUCCCUCCUAUCAUCACUCCAUCAAAACUCACUUCAAAAUCCUUCUCUUCACCAACACCACUCAACUUUCAUGGCAUAUUCACCAAGAGUAAUAAUAACUCAACAAAAUUCUUGUUGAAUGCUGGUUUCAAUCUUGUUGAGCCUGACCUUAAUGAAGAUCCUGUUGACCAAUUUCGCACUAAUGGCAUUCCACCUGAAGAAUUUGAGUAUGGAAUAUUUGAUGGUCAUCAUACUUUUAAUGAAGGUGAAGAAAAGGAAGGAACAGUUUGGGGUGCCAUUAUGGAUGAUGUAAUAGCAGUAGGACCCCCCACUGGAUUUCAAGGGCUUAUAUCAUGGCUCUUCCCACCAGCCAUUGCUGCUGGGGUAUUCUUCGAUGUUCCGGGAGAGUACUUGUUCAUUGGAGCAGGGAUAUUUACAAUUGUAUUUUGCAUUAUUGAGAUGGAUAAACCUGAUCAACCUCAUCACUUUGAACCUCAAAUAUACAACAUGGAAAGAGGAGCUAGAGACAAGUUGAUAAAUGACUAUAAUUCCAUGAGCAUAUGGGAUUUCAAUGAAAAAUAUGGAGACCUUUGGGAUUUUACUAUCAAGAAGGAUGACAUAAUGAAGAGAUAAUUUUUUUCUUGUUUUUGUCUAUAUAUGUGCAUGGUAAUUCUUAAAGUAUAAUGAAUAUGAAGGAUUCCCUUGUAAAUUUGUUACUUUUCUUGCUUUUCUUUUUUAUGUUGAUCAACAUGUGUAUAUUCCCUAUUUCUAUUCUAAAGCAAACAUAAACUUAAGAAUGCUACUCCCCUUGUCUAAAAAAAUGUAUGAGUUAGGAUUCUUUCAACAUUUUUUUUCCA